AUGAAUAACUACUUUGAGAUUAUUAAGCAGUUGUAAUAAGCUGUCGAAUUUAGUACAAGAGAAAAUGUAGAAUUGAGAGAAUAGAUCAUAAUGAUGGAGACUUAGCAAGAUCCUCAAAAAAACCUAAAAAUUUGUAAUUUGCAAAAGAAGAUCAUAGAGUAAUAACAAUAAAUAUCUGAAUUAAAGUAACAAAUGCUAAAACGAAAUUAAAUGAAGAAAGAACACUAAUGUAAUGAUGAUAAUAAAUUCUUAAUUGAAUAAAUGAAGAAAAAAUUCGAAGAAAAGAGCAAUGAACUUAAGAGAUAUUAAGAUAUGUAUGAAAAGGCUCGGUUAAAUUUAAAGCAAACUCAAUAACAAGUACUAGAAUUAAAAGAACAAAUCAACUAAUAAUGUUAAUUGAAUGCUUAAGAAUAAUAAAAAGUAACAAAAAUGGAAUUAUUAAUGAAAAAUGCUAGAUAAUAAGAAUUUAAAUAGAGAGAUUAAACUCUUAAAUAUAAUAAUUAGAAUAAGAAUAAAAAAGCUUAUCUAGAAUAAGCCAUUGAAAUGAUUAUUAUUGAAUGA